UUUCCGUGCUUCAUUUUGUUUACACUGAUUUUAACCGUCAAUGAAGAGUCCUAUUCUUGGCGAAGUAACAUUACGGCUGAGACAUUAACCUCCAGAGGACACAGAAACAUUCAGCAUGGCUGCAGCUCCAGUGGAAUACACCAUAGGAGGGGUGAAGAUAAACUUUCCCUGCAAAGCGUAUCCCUCUCAGCUUGCCAUGAUGAACUCUAUCAUUCGUGGGCUUAAUCAUGGGCAGCACUGUCUAUUAGAGAGCCCUACUGGCAGUGGCAAGAGUCUUGCUUUGCUGUGUUCGGCCCUUGCAUGGCAACAAGCACAGUACGGUAAGGAACAGAAUGCUGGCACCAGCUCAGGUGACUGUAAAAAGCCAGAAAAGGCUACUCCAUGUCAGUGUGUGUGCCAUAGCCAAGAUGCACAUGCCACUUCCAGCGGUAUGACAUGCAAACCUCCGGUGGUUGAUUUGACUGGUGUAGGUGCUUCUGCUCAGCCUACAUCUGUAGAAAGUGACCACCCUAAGAGGCCCACUUUGUCUUCCCGGCUCUCUGAGAAACUUCAAGCCUCCCUUAAUGAUGGAGAACAAGAUGAUGAUUUCAAGACUGAGAGAAAGCGCAUUCGUACACCAUCCACAGACCAGAAGAGCAGUAAGCGGAGAUGUUUCGAGCGAGGAGUAAUUUACAUUGAUGAUGAUGAGGAAGACUUGGAGAGACCUGUGCCCGGGGCACAGAGCUGGACCAUGGAAUUGAACUCUGGUGCCAGGGCAGACAGCUGUCAGUCGCAGCAACAGUAUUGUUCUCCCGUGUCUUGUUCUGUCUGUCCCUGCGCCAAACUCAAAGCAGGACAGAAAAUUGUUGAAAAGGCCAAGGACAACGAGAAAGACAAAGAGGGAAGUGGUAGGAAAAAGAUCCCCAAGAUCUUCUUUGGCACACGCACCCAUAAGCAGAUCACGCAGAUCGCACGGGAGCUGAAACGAACACUUUACUCCAGUGUGCCCAUGACAAUCCUGUCCAGCCGAGAUCACACCUGCAUCCAUCCUGAAGUGGUGCCUCAUGCCAACCGCAACGAGCGCUGCAAGGAGCUGCUGCAGGCCAAGAACGGCUUAUCAUGCCGGUACUACCAUAAUGUGCAUAAAAUGCGAGAUCAGAGUUCUUUACAGUGGGUGCAUGGGCUACACCAGGCCUGGGACAUUGAGGAGCUUGUGCGUCUCGGUGGUAAGCUUCGGUCCUGUGCUUACUACGCAGCUCGGGAGCUCAUGCAGGAGGCCUGCAUUGUAUUCUGUCCUUACAACUACCUGCUGGACCCCCUCAUCCGUGAGAGUAUGGAAAUAAAUCUGAAGGAGCAGAUUGUGGUGCUGGACGAGGCUCAUAACAUAGAGGACUGUGCCCGCGAAAGUGCCAGUUUCACCCUGAACCACGCUCAGCUGUUGCUGGCACGAGAUGAGAUUGAUGGAAUGGUUACACACAACAUUCGGCGCGAUCAACAUAGGCCUUUGCUGGCCUUCUGCUGCAGCCUUGCCAACUGGGUGCAGGAGAGCUCCAGUGGCUUGGAGGAUCGUGAGUAUGAGACUUCCUGUAAAGUCUGGACAGGGAAGGAGGUUCUUGCCAUUUUCCAUGGCUUUGGCAUCACUGCAGACACAUUCUCAUUGCUGCAGAAACACCUGGCAGCGGUGCUAGAGAAGGAGGAGCAAACUGGGCUAGUGAACGGGAGAGAAGACGUGGUGCAGAUUCCCACCAUCAGCUCCAACACUCAGUCAAUGCUCAAAAGCCUCUUUAUGGUUCUGGAAUUCCUUUUUAGGCAGAACUGCAGGUUUGCAGAUGAUUACCGUGUGGCCCUCCAGCAGAACUACAUGUGGACCACCCAGCAGGAUCUACCCGAUGCUCAUGGCUUUUUCGCACGGCCCCAGCGUCGCCGACUGAGCACCCGUACCAAAACCCUUGUGCACACACUGAGCUUUUGGUGCCUUAACCCUGCUGUGGCAUUUUCAGAUCUGAGUGAAUCGGUGCGGAGUAUUGUGCUGACCUCAGGCACACUCUCUCCCAUGGGCUCCUUCUCCUCUGAACUUGGCAUCAAGUUCUCCAUCCAGCUGGAGGCCAGUCAUGUCAUCAGCAAAUCUCAGGUCUGGGUCGGCACAAUUGGUGCAGGGCCCCAAGGUCGUAAGCUAUGUGCCACAUUCCAACAUGCAGAGACAUUUGCUUUCCAGGAUGAGGUGGGGGCCUUGCUUUUGAAAGUGUGCCAUACAGUCAGCCGUGGAGUUCUCUGUUUCCUUCCAUCCUAUAAGAUGCUGGAUAAACUGAGGGACCGCUGGAUGAACACAGGUCUGUGGGCCAAGCUUGAAGAGAGAAAGACUGUGAUCACGGAGCCACGUGGUGGUGGUAAGGGUGACUUUGAUGAGCUGCUGCAUACCUAUUAUGAGGCCAUCAGUGGAACAGCAACCAACAGUGGUAACAGAGAUGGAGCACUGCUGGUAGCUGUUUGCAGAGGGAAGGUGAGCGAGGGCUUAGACUUUACAGAUGAUAACGCCAGAGCGGUGGUCACUAUUGGCAUCCCUUUCCCCAAUAUUAAAGAUUUGCAGGUUGAACUGAAGAUGAAAUAUAAUGACCAGCAUGCCAAGUCACGUGGGCUUCUGCCUGGUGGUCGCUGGUAUGAGAUUCAAGCUUAUCGUGCAUUAAACCAGGCACUCGGAAGGUGUAUUCGGCAUAGAAAUGAUUGGGGCGCACUGAUUCUGGUAGAUGACCGUUUUAGGACAAACCCAAACAAAUACAUCACAGGCCUGUCAAAGUGGGUGCGUCAGCUAGUAAGGCACCACGACACCUUCACUGGUGCCAUGCAGUCCCUGGAGUCCUUCUCUCAAGUUCAGCAGGGGGCAGUAGAGACCUUUAAAGAGCAACAUUCUCAGGCUGCCCCUCCGUACCCAAGCCCCUUGCUGGUCGGAUCCACUGGUACCUUACCCACUCCUGAGAUAAUCGUCCCCCAGAAGCCAUUUGUCCCUUUGCCUACAAUGCCAAACCUACACACUGAGAUUCAGGCUGCCGUCUCAGCCAACUCUGAGAGCAGGUCUUCUGAAUCGGGUGGCCAAAAGAAUAUACAGCAUCCAUCUGAUCCAAUCACAUUACCUAAUAGGGAAUUUAAUAUCCACAGAACAGCACAACCUAUAGGCCAUCUCUUCACCUCCACUCCUGUCAGUAGCCAAUUUAAAACCCCUAUAUUUCAAACUGAGCACUCCGAAAAGUCUGUUUUUCACAAUGUAUUAUCAGUGGACAGCAAACAAAGCAAGGAAGUUGUUCCUGUACUUGCUGAGGAACAAAACCAUGAAACAAGUGAUGUUCCUGUACUUCCUGUGGAAGCAAAGCAACAAACAAGUGGUGCUUCACUUGACCCUCCACCAGAGAUGUCUGUGGAGUUUGCUUCCUCCAAACAGAACACCAGUGGAUCUGAGCUUGAAGACACAGAAGUGGAAGAAGAACAGAGUAUCUUCUACAGCCCUGAGCUGUUUGAAGGAGACGGGGAGGCGAUGGAAGAGACUAGUGUUUUAGAGGUUGAUAAAUCUCUGCAAACAGAAAACAAUAAUUCUCCCACUAAUGGCACAGCUGAAGUACCUCCUGAUGACCUGUUUGGCUCCGUGCAGGACAAGAGGACAUUGUCCGAAGACCUUGUGAGCAGCACUGUCCUAGACCAUGCGAUUUUACAGUGUAAAUCAGAGCAGACAGGUUUAAACUCUAGCACAGACUUUGAGAAUAGGUCUGCCUCACAUAAUGGCGCUAGCAGUAGUCGGUCUCGUAGACUCUCCAGAUCUAGGCUGCAAAGGACCACUACAUCAGGAACAUCAGGUAAACUCACCAACUACUUCAAAUAUGUGCCCCCGGCCAGCCAGCCUUGCAUUAUCUCAAAUGAUGAUUAAUAAUGCAACUUUGUGUAUGGUGUGGACACGUGAUUGUAUAUCUUAAUUUUAAAAAAGUAAUUACUCUGUUGUCUCUGAAUUUGUGUAACAAUGUAACAUAUUCUAUCCAACCCCCUCUAUCCAAAACAUGAACGCUGAUCUGUAUUAAUAUGUGGCUAAAUAUAUACAUGCAUCUUUAAGAAUUAUUAAAAUAAGUGACAAGCACAUCCUCCACUCUGUGACACGUGAUGUCUCAACCGGGUCAAUUUUAAUGAGAUUCUCUGUGGUGACUAUAUACUGGAAGGAGGUGUGGGGUGGGGGUUACAUGGCUGAUUUCACUUGCCUAAGAGGUUCUACAUUUUUACAGCCCAGUAAAAUUUUAUUUGUGUGAACUCUGAAUGUAAACAGGAGGGCAGGUUUGUAGCGCUGGGGGCAGGGGAACCACGUUAAAAUGGCAGGCAGGUCUGUAAACAGGCACAGGAAGCUUCUAUUCAUCUCCCUCUCACUGAGAGCUCCAUGAAAACAACAGCAUCUGACUGAUCACGUUACAUGAGCACACUAUUAAUGCAUUAAAAAAAAGUGUAAAAUGUGUUCUAUAAUUAAAUUUUUUGAGACUACCUUAGU